AUGACGAAUAACUGGAAAACUUACGCAAAGAAAAUUUGCGAGCAUGACUCGGGUAUCUAUCUCGAGCUCUGGAGGGAUAUGAACAAGAAGGUCUCCUCGGGGAAGAUCAAGCCGUGCUUUGGCAAAGACUUUAUCGAAAGCAACCCAGAAAAGUUGAACAUGAAUGAGCUCGAAGCUGCCUUCCAUACUGGGCACCUGAUCGAGGCGGGAGCCGAGACAACUUCGGCCGCAUUGAACAGCCUUCUUCUUGCUUUGUCCCUGUUCCCCGAGGCGAGCAAAACUGCACAAGAAGAGCUGGAUCGUGUGGUUGGCCCUGACCGACCUCCCAAAUUCGACGAUCAAGACAAUCUUCCCUACAUCAAGGCCCUGGUCAAAGAAGGCCUCCGGUGGCGCCCUCCGAACCAGUACGGAAUGCACCACGCCGUUGUCGAGGACGACUGGUAUGAAGGCAUGUUUAUACCCAAAGGCUCAGUGGUCAUGUUGAAUUGGUGGGCCAUCCACUUCAACCCCGGGGUAUGGGAGAGUCCAGAUGAUUUCCGCCCGGAGCGGUAUCUGGAUCAUCCAUUGUCUGCAGCGACUUAUCUGAACGUUGCCAACCCUGCGGACCGAGACCACUUCGCCUAUGGAGCGGGAAGGCGCGUCUGCCCAGGGAUACAUGUGGCGGAGCGGUCCAUCUUCAUCAACGUUGCGCGAAUUCUCUGGGCAUUCAACAUCUCGAAGAAGACGAUCAACGGUAAAACCGUCGAACCGGAGACACUCUGUGUUCCAGGAUGGUUGUCGGUGCCGCAGAAAUUCGAAUGCUCCAUCACCCCGCGGUCCGAGAAGCACGCAGAAGUUAUCAGAAAGGAAUAUGAGGUCACAGACAAAGACAUUUGA